CCAUGUUGGCGUUGGCGACGGCGGCGACGACGGCGGCGGCGGCAGCCGCGCUGUAUUGUCAUAAAUAGGGCCGGCCCCGCGGGCUCGGGCCGUGCUACUGGGUUGGAUGUUUCGGCUGCAGUGAGCGAGCUAGUAGUGAGAGAGUGAGAGCGAGAGAGCGAGCCAGCGAGCCUAGGAAAACCGAGGGAGCGAACGGAGGAGGAGGAGGAAGGAGCGAAAGGGGCCGUCGAGGGGAAGAGAGAACGACUCUUGCCAGAGGUGGAGGCGCAGGAAGCGAUGAAAGAAAUGUCAGCAAGUGCUGUGCUGGAGACCCAGCGUCAAAAGCAUUAUGGAAUCACAUCUCCAAUUAGUCUGGCAUCUCCCAAAGAAAUAGAUCAUAUAUAUACACAGAAGUUAAUCGAAGCCAUGAAACCAUUUGGUGUAUUUGAAGAUGAAGAGGAAUUAAAUCACAGGCUCGUUGUUCUUGGCAAACUGAAUAAUCUGGUAAAAGAAUGGAUUUCAGAACUCAGUGAAAGUAAGAAUCUCCCACCUUCUGUUGUGGCUAAUGUUGGUGGUAAGAUUUUUACCUUUGGAUCAUACAGACUCGGGGUACACACUAAAGGUGCUGAUAUUGAUGCACUUUGUGUUGCACCCAGACACGUGGAAAGAUCUGAUUUUUUUCAGUCCUUUUUUGAGAAACUCAAACAUCAGGAUGGAAUUAGAAAUUUAAGGGCAGUAGAAGAUGCUUACGUGCCUGUAGUCAAAUUUGAAUUUGAUGGUAUUGAGAUUGACCUUGUGUUUGCAAGAUUGGCCAUACAGACUGUUUCUGAUAAUUUAGAUCUACGAGAUGAUUCACGUCUCAGAAGCCUAGAUAUAAGGUGUAUCCGAAGCCUCAAUGGUUGCAGAGUUACUGAUGAAAUUUUGCAUUUAGUGCCAAAUAAAGAAACUUUUAGACUCACUCUUAGAGCAGUCAAACUGUGGGCAAAAAGACGUGGAAUUUAUUCCAACAUGCUAGGAUUUCUUGGUGGUGUUUCUUGGGCAAUGCUGGUUGCAAGAACUUGUCAGUUAUAUCCAAAUGCUGCAGCAUCAACUCUAGUCCACAAGUUCUUUUUAGUAUUUUCAAAGUGGGAAUGGCCAAAUCCAGUGCUUUUGAAACAACCUGAAGACAGCAAUCUGAAUUUACCUGUUUGGGAUCCUAGGGUAAAUCCAUCUGAUAGAUAUCAUCUCAUGCCCAUAAUCACCCCUGCCUAUCCACAGCAGAAUUCUACAUAUAAUGUAUCUACUUCAACUCGGACAGUAAUGGUAGAAGAAUUCAAACAAGGUCUUGCAGUAACAGGUGAAAUACUUCAAGGAAAAUCAGACUGGUCCAAACUUCUUGAACCACCAAAUUUUUUUCAGAAAUACAGACAUUAUAUAGUAUUGACUGCCAGUGCAUCCACAGAAGAGAACCAUUUAGAAUGGGUUGGCUUAGUUGAAUCCAAAAUCCGUGUACUUGUUGGAAAUUUGGAGAGGAAUGAAUUUAUUACUCUUGCCCAUGUCAAUCCUCAGUCAUUCCCAGGGAACAAGGAACAUUAUAAAGAGAGUGACUAUGUAUCAAUGUGGUUCCUUGGAAUCAUUUUCCGGCGAGUUGAAAAUGCAGAAAGUGUUAACAUAGAUUUAACAUAUGACAUUCAGUCUUUUACUGAUACAGUAUAUAGGCAAGCAAACAACAUAAACAUGCUAAAAGAAGGAAUGAAGAUUGAAGCAACUCAUGUAAAGAAAAAGCAGCUUCAUCAUUAUCUUCCUGCAGAAAUUUUGCAAAAAAAAAAGAAGCAAAGCCUCCAAGAUAUCAAUCGAAGUGCUAGUGGACUACAGUCAAAGAGAUCAUCCCUGGAUGGAAAUUGCUUGGAUAGUUCCAGAGACACUGAUAAUGGAACACCUUUUAAUUCCCCUGUAUUAUUAAACAAGCAUCCCAAGCCUGAGAGUCCUCCUGUGGUAGAAAUGGAAAGCAGCUGUGCUGAACCUGAUGAAACAUCACCUGCCACCGUUGCAGAAAAGCCUUUGGAUGUUGUUUCUUCACCUCCAAUUCAAGGAUUAUCUAUCCCAGUUAUUGGUUCAAAAAUUGAUUCAUCAUUAAAAGCCAUAUCGCCUCCAGCUAUCUGCACCAUUCCUACCGUAGUAGGAAGAAAUGUCAUUCCUCGUGUAAUAACAUCUCAUAAUCUAGUCCAAGGGCAGCAACAUCAAAAUGGAAUGUUAAGUGUAACAUCUAAGAGUGCUUUAUCCAAGAGAUCUCAUUCACCUUCUUUAGAUGGAUCUCCUAAAAGGUUGAAAGACAUAGAAAAGUUUAUUGGACUUGAUUCAGCUUUCAGAGAAUCUUGUGCCUCUAAAGAUGGGAAGAGAAAACCAAUGGAUAGCCUUGGAGGAGAGUCUAUGCCUAUUCCAACUAUUGACACAUCUAGACUACAGAGACUACCCAGUAAAGAACUACCAGAUUCGUCAUCUCCUAUUCCAGCAAAUAACAUCCGUGUCAUUAAAAAUUCCAUCCGACUGACCCUUAACCGUUGCUGUCCCACAUAAAAUACGGUGAGAGGUAACAGUCAUCAGCUUGGAAACCCUGAUCUGGUUUUGAAUUUUUAUGUCUUCACUUUGAUCUGCAGAUGGUGUAGGAUAUUCCUGUUACUUGGUGUAACUUUUCAAGAAUCACCUGCUGUCAGACUGUCUACUCUAUUAUGGCUUUAAGUUUAGGGGUUUUAUUGCCUUAACGUUAGAUGCUUGCUUCCUCUAUUAUGGGGACCCAUCCUUGUCCCUGUGGACUACCAUAGAACAGUCCUGAGUUUCUCCCCUUCCUUGAGUCUUGUGUUAUAAUCAUUGUCUAGAACUGAAAAGUUAAAAACAAAAAAAAAUUGUCCUAUAAUUGUAAUCUACUAAAUGUCAGCAUAUUUACUUUAGUCAGUGAAGCCCUGUUGUGAAACGUCAGAUACAUGAAUGUGAGGUAUCAUUUCUACUUUCCCAAUUUGUGUAGAUAUACUUGUCUGUUCUAUCUAUUGUUGAUUUAAAUUAUUUUUCCCACAGGUUGGCACAUAGAAUAUUUAAACUAAUUUUUGUGUGCAUUUCUGUCAAAAUGGUGCUUGGUUACUAAAGAGUAUUAGUCCAGUGAUUAAAUACAAGCGCAAAGCACCAUGUAUCCUUUCUAACUUGCCUCCCAUGGAGGUCUGUGAAAUGCAUCUUUAUUAAAAAUCAAAACAUAACCAGGAUACUGAAAGUCAGUGUAUGAAUGGUAGAAUUGUUAUAUACCAUAUCUCAUGUCAUCCUUGUUAGUUAACUCAUGUUUUUGCAAAGCUUUUAUAGAGCAACAGAAUUCAUUCCAGUACCAAUGAAAAUUAAUACCAUAAUAUAAGAGAAGUAUACGUCUUUAUGGUGUGGAAUUAACUGGGCAUGACAAUUCUACACCAUCAUUUUACACCACAACCAUAAAAAGUUUUUUUCCACUGACAGGCAUGCAGAAACAAGAGGUAGGUUUUAUUGAAAUCUAAGUCAUUUUUGAAUGACCAUUACAACUGACCAUUAAUUGGCUCAGGGCCUUUGUAAUCUUCAUUUAACAAACUACAUAUGUUGUCUUUUUUUUUUUACACUGCUUUUUUUCCAGUGCAUUUCUUAGUAAUUUUUUAAGUUUCAUGAAAGCAUGCAGUUUAUUAAAAAAAAAAACCAUAACCAUGUAA